GCAGCGCAGCGACGGUGAGUAGCCACGUUGACAAGUGAGGCUACACGGAGGAGGAGUGUCUUCCGCGCUGGACUCGCGACUGUCCUGUUGGCAGCAGCGGCGGCGGUUCCCGAGCGAACAAUGUCUUCGCCACCCAAAGUCAAAGCAGAAACCCGCGCUGGACACCCUCCCGCUGUCAAAGCUGGUGGAAUGAGAAUUGUGCAAAAGCAUCCACAUGCUCCAGAUACCAAAGAAGACAAAGAUAAAGAUGAUCAGGAAUGGGAAAGUGGCACCAGUCCACCUAAACCAACUGUGUUUAUUUCUGGUGUCAUUGCAAGGGGUGAUAAAGACUUCCCUCCAGCUGCAGCACAAGUGGCCCAUCAGAAACCACAUCCCUCUGUGGAAAAACUUCCUCCCUCACAACAUGUCAACCAAUAUAUUCACCAGCCCCGCAAAUGAAUUGCCUGUCCCAGACCAGCCACGGUAUUUUGCAAAUGGAAAGAUUAAGAGAUUCCUUCUACCAGAUCUUUUAAAAACGGAUAUCUCCUGUUUUUGCCUUAAUUGCCUAUGGUUUAAAUGGUUUAAUGAAAGGGGAGGGGAGAGCAGAAAGGGGGGGGGAAUCACUUCAAUCAUCCCAGCUGAAAAGCUGAGUCUUGUGUACUGCCAGUGAAAAAUGUUAUGUUCAUAGCAAUGCAACACACUGCAGAUAGUUUAGGUUAACAAUUUCUUGGAAUAAUUAUUUUAAACUUUUUCUAUUCCUGGAUGUUGGCAUUCCAGGAACAUGUAACAUAAGGAAGUCAUAAUGGCUUAUAUCUUUUUCCUGGUCUUUUCUAAAGAAAUUUUUUAAAAUAUGUGUGACUCAGAUUUCAUUUUGAUAUUUCUUGUUUUGUUCUUAAAAGUAUUUGAGGAAGAACCAGCUGCUUAAUUUUAUUUUUUUAGUGGAUAAUCUGAAAAGACUAGACAUUUCUCUUACAGUAUGUGGUCCUUUAGGAGAACCAUCCCACAGCUUCUGGCAACAUAGCCUAACAUGCUGGUUGGCCUGGUUGGUUCUCUGCAUUUCUUUCCAAAUUAAUAGAAGAAUGAACAAAAAUUUAAUUAAAGGUUGUGUAGAUCUGCAUGUUGCUCCAUUUUUAGGUACUCCUGAAGGAUUGGCACUUUUUCACCUUUUCAAAACAGUUUUUAUAUAUGCAGGAAUCAGUUGUGCAAUCUUUCCUACAAAUAAAAACUUUAGAUUACAGUACAUGGAAAGUUGGCUAAAAUGAUUUUUUCUGGGAAUCUUUAUGUACAAGUAGCUCUUGAAUGAACCAUGAAUGAAUAUUCACAUUUAAAAUGCCCUAUGUGUAAUCUAAAAUACUAUCGACCAUAUUCAAUUACUGCAAGUUUGAUAUAGUUAUACACUGACAACUAAAGUUUGUGCUAGGUUGUGGUGAAAACUGAAGUAACAUAUGUUCAUGAGAAAGCAGUCUACUUGCUUCUUUGUUCAUAGCAAGCAGAACAGAGGCCAGCUCUCAUGUGAUAAGAGAUUGAUGAUGAAAAUCUGUAUCCCUGUGUGUGUCAGAUGUAUCUGUUAAAUUCAGUGGGAACCAGGUGAGCAGUAAAAUGCACAUCUGGAUGCAAAGUUGCAGCAGCUAUGUAUGAGGAAUAUCUUUGCUGAAUUGGAGAAAGAAGUAAACUAAGUAACCUACUUAGUAAAACUUGGUCAUGCAUACACAACUAUACUACAGCUGCAUAAUUUUAAAAUCAUUCCAUUCUAUGUAAUCAAGUUUCAUUUGCUUUUUUAUAGGUACUUUAAUUUUUAAAUGAUUUAAGUACAUUAAAUCCCUUUUAAAUUUUCAAACAAGCCAUUUUAAUGAUUUUCAGAAAAGUUAUCUGUUAAUGCAUCAUUGUUGCAAGUGCUUUUCACUCCUUUUGGGCUUAGGAGAACCAUUUACUUUUAACGACAACAUGACAAAGUGAUAAGAAGAAGGAAUUUUAAUAAUAAAAAACUUUCCUGGAAAUAUUGCUAAA